GUAACAGAAGAGAUUUCUUUUAAUUGACCAGCUCCAAAUUAAUUGGAAGCACAUCUGAGAAAUGAAAGGCACUGUGACAAAGAUGUGCAGGGGAGGACUCCUGUCUUCUUUCAUCCUUAUCUCAUACAUUGCUUUGACAACUUCAAUGACUCUUGAUUUGACUGAGCUGAGAAAUAAAGUUUCAAAGCUCAAGGUGAAUCCCAGGGGGAAUCUGUGGGCAACGGGACAUUUCAUGGGCAAGAAGAGCAUUGUGGAUAGUUCCUUUGUGAAUUCUGCCUUUGAGAAUAUAAAAGAUACAGCUGAAGGCAGAGAUGUGAGACCUCUGCACGGAGUGGAAGACCUGCAGGCGCUCCUCAUCCAUAUUCUGAAAACUGCCCAACAAACACAAGGAGAGCAGGCGCUAGACAGAGAAGAAGGACAUCCAGUUCGAUCAGUUGUUGCGUGACAUCCUGCUGAUGAAGAGGAGGGUUUCUGCUCUUGUGAAAAUCAGCUAAAUUAUGUUUUGUUUUUUGUCUAACAUAACACGUAUAUGUUGGCAAGUGAGAAACACUUCUGUUGUUUUACUUUAUAUUGUCUAUAACUUUAUUAAAA